AGGGAGAGUCCAGCAGCAGCACCACAACUCCCAGCAGGAUGGGAGCACAAAGCCUGGCAGUGGCUUGCGGGGCGCUGGCUUUGUGCCUGACACUUUGUGCCGGGGCCACCAACCCUGGCUUCAUGGUGAGGAUCACCCAGGCAGGCUUGGACUAUGCCCAUCAGCUGGGGAUCGCGAUGCUGGAGAAGGAGCUGGCCAAUGUGAAGCUGCCAGACUUCUCGGGUGACUCUCGCAUUCAGCGUGUGGGGAAGGUGCACUAUGAGCUCUCCAGAUUGGACCUUCAUAGUUUCCACUUGCCGUACUCAAGGAUUUCUCUGGUGCCCAACGUGGGCCUGCAGGUCUCCAUCACCAAUGCCUUUGCCAAGGUGAAAGGGAACUGGCGGUGGAAGUUACGCUUCAUCCGAGACCACGGUUCAUUUGAUAUCACGGUGGAGGAUGUCAAUAUCAAAAUCAACCUGAAACUGGGAAACGACGCCUCUGGGAAACCCACCAUUGACACAUCUUCUUGCAGCACCAACGUCUCCAAAGUCCGAGUACGCUUUUCGGGCAGGUUUGGAUGGCUUUACAACCUCUUCCAUGAACGUAUUGGGUCCAAAUUGCGGGAGAUCUUGGAGAAAAAGGUCUGUGAAAUUGUGGCCAAAUCUGUGCGCAGCAAUCUCCAGCCAUACAUCCAGACCCUGCCAGUCACAGCCAAGAUAGGCGCCAUUGCUGGGGUUGAUUACUCCUUGGUGGGACCUCCAACUGCUACUGCCCGGUCCCUGGAUGUGCCAAUGAAGGGUGAAUUCUUCUCUGUGGCCAACCGCUCCGCCGUCCCCUUCUCUCCACUGGCGCUGACCUUGCCCCCGGAUCACGACCGCAUGGUUUACUUUGGGGUCUCCAGCUAUUUCUUCAACACAGCCAGCUUUGCCUACCACAAAUCUGGAGCGCUGGUCUUUGAAGUCACAGGUUCCAUGAUCUCAAAGGGUGCUAACUUCCACUUGGACACCACCACCUUCUCAGCCUUUAUUCCCCAGCUGGAAGAGAUGUACCCAGACAUGCAGAUGAAGUUCAGGAUCUUCGCUCCUUCCCCCCCAUUCCUGAGCAUCGGAGCAGGAGGUCUCUUGAUUAAGCCUGUUCUGGAUAUCCAGGCUUACGCCAUCCUUCCCAACUCCAGCCUGGCUCCUCUCUUCCUCCUCAGCAUGACAAGCAACGUGUCCGCUGUCAUCAGCGUGAAAUCUGGCCACAUCAUUGGGAACCUGAAGAUGGGCAGGGUGAAGCUUUCUCUGGAGCAUUCAGAUGUUGGCAGUUUCCAGGUGGAAACACUGCAGUCCAUAAUACACUUUUUUGCUUCCAGUAUCCUCGUCCCACGUAUUAAUGACAGGUUAGGUCAAGGUUUCCCUCUGCCAAUGCCAAAGGGAAUACAGCUCUCCGAUAUCAUCGUGCAGUUUCACCAGAAUCUACUACUGCUUGGAGCAGACAUUCGCUAUCAGCCCCGGGUAUAGAGAUAAGGUGACAAGAAGGACCCGGAACACCAAUGAUGCCCCCUUUGCCUCUUCCCUUCACCGGGCCCUACUCCUGGAGCUGAAAAUCACUAGUUCUGCUGCAGCGUCCUUCACUGCCCACCUUGCCCUGGACCACAGCCAGGGACAGAAGCCUCCCCAGGUCCCCAACCCUGUGUCCCAUCUGGGCCUCACCCAGUGCUACUGAGAGUUGGGGGUCUCUGACCCCCCAACCCCAUCCUGUCCCCCUCCCCUCCCUCCUCUGGUUUGUCAGAGGCAGCUGGUGGCAAUAAAGGUGGCCGGCGCUGGGGUCA